UAGGGUAGGCAGACCUCUGUUCAAAAUGCUUUUCAUAUUGCUCAUCAUCUGUGGCGCGACCGUGGCCACCAACAACACCAAUUUGGCGUUGAUAUUCGGUUCGGAUUGUAAUCCUUUAAUUCAAUGCAAUGAACACUAUUCCGUGGCGUCAUUUGCCAAGGUCAACUGGUUCGAGGCCCAUCACAUUUGCAACAGCGUCGGUGCCGUUCUAGCCACUGUGAAUAAUCCGGAUCAGCACUUGCUAAUGCUGCAGCGUGUCAAUCGAAGCAAUUCUGUUUUGGGCGAUAAACGCUUCUGGUUGGGCGCCACAAAUCUUGUGGAAGGCAACUCCUCAUGGACCUGGCUGAGCAGCGGACUACCCAUGACGUAUGGUCUCUGGGGAAAGAAAGAGCCCCGCUCGGAUAGGAAUGGCGCCGAUGCUUGCCUUGUGCUGGGCCUGGACACAAUGUGGCAUAGUGCAGCCUGCAAUCUUAAGUUCAAUUUCAUAUGCGAGAAUAUUUGUCUAUUGAAUGGCACUAAUAUCAACAAUCAAAUAUAUGUUUAGAAUUGAAUUUGAGUACUAAA